AAAACAUAAAUACAAAAGUAACUACAACUUUUAAACAUUUUUUGUUAAACAAAAUUUUAACAAUAGCCCUUAAUUGGAUUUAAUUUUGCCGUUUAUAUAGUUUAUGAUCCCCUGACAGCAAUGAUUACCGAUCGCAACAAAUUGAAUUUUGUUACGAUACAAUGGUUGUGGUUUUUAUGUCUCAUAUUGGCCGCAUUUAGUAGCAGCAACACAUGGAUACAUUAUGCAGAGGCCACACAGCAGCAGCAGCCACAACAUAUCCAGCAACAGCAAUUGAAAUCAACAUUACAACUGCAACAAGAAGUUGAGAGCAAUGGACCACCACAACAACAACAAAAACAACAAGAUGUAACAGUGCGCAACUUUUCGCCACGCAUGGACUACAACAACAAUGAAUGGCGGCCAGUUGGUAGAGGUGAUCCAUUGAAAAAUGAUCCCACAUUUGAUUACAGUCCACCAACCCUGGAUCGUGUUAGAUACUGGGCUGAUUCCGAUAAGGAAAAAGACAAGACGGAAGAGGUAACAGCAGCCUUAGUAGAUGCGAAACUUAAAAAGGCCAAUCCGGGUAAAAAUGAGAUAUUAUUGUUGGGUGUUACGGGCGAUAGAAUGCGUGGAGGUGCAACAGUGCAGCAACAACAUGUACCCAACAUGAUAAAGAAUGCUAAAGGGGAAACUCCUUUGCUGCAGCCAAAAUAUACCUCAAUAAGACGUAGUUAUUAUGCACAUCAAUUGCCAACACAUUUGAUGCCACCACCCAUGCAACCAAUGCAGCCAGCUGCACAACAGCAUCAGUUGCAGUCUUCUCAAAUGCAGCAACAGCAGCAACCACAACCACAGUCUCAGUCACAACAGCAUCAAGUUCAAUCCAUGCAUAUGGUAAAACCAGUACACACCGAAUAUCGCCAUAGCAUGCCGGGACAUUCUUACAUGACCUCAUCACCAAUGAGCUCAAUGAGUGUUCAUUCGAAACCCUAUUAUAUGUCUACUGCCACACAACCUUGGAUGCAUACAUCUAGUUCACCAUCUAUGACAACUUCUUCAUCUUCCGGCCACUCUCCUUUAAUGAUGUCGGCUAAUUCUCACCGCUAUUCUCAUCCUCAUGCACACGAUUCCCAUCACCAGGAGUCAGUAAAUUAUUUAUCUUAUCACAGCCGUCCCAGUCUAACCAGUACACCUGCCAUAAUGUUGGGAAUGAAUGCUGGCAUGGGCCAUCAUGAAAUUUAUUCUCCCAAUUCGAUAAGAGGUGCAUCCAGUGGACACAAAUCAUCAGUGACAAGCUCAAGGAAACCAUGGAUUCACGAUUUGUUACAAAAAGAGUUCAUUAAGCCUGUAAAGCCUACACAGAAUCCAAAUUCAUAUCAUGUUGAAACCAUAAAGUCUUCACAUGUGGAGCCACAACAUUUCGAGCCGAUUAUGAGACCACAAGGUAUUAGUACUACCUAUGCUCCAGUAACAUUUGUAACACCUACUAUGCCUAGUACUACUAGCACUACCCAAACUGUUUACAUAACCAGUACUACCCAAAAACAAACUACUUCAACAUCCCCCUCUCCCAUGUACAGCUCAACUCCACCAACGCAUACAACCCAUGCUCCCCGAACUACUACCACUUUAAGUCCAACCAGAUUAUUAAUACCGAACACCAGUAAUUUAGCUUACCGACCUACUGUAACAUCCAUGAAAAUGACUACCGAUGCAUUGUUCUCCCACUACAAUCAACCAGAGAAACCCCUGAGAGGACCAAUGUAUUUGAUCAUCGAGGGUCACUCUAAAGUCAAAACCUAUGGCAAAGACGAAUUAGAUCCUCACAAACCCAAAAUUGUACCCAUCAUACCGAAACGUGAACCUGUGGUACGCAUGGCUGAUCCCAAUGAAAAGCGAGGAACACCAGAAACAUUCCUAGUAAAACAUUUGCAUACAAAGACUACAAAGCCCAUGGAGACAUCUGCAACAAAGACAACAACUGCAAAACCAGCAACCACAAAAGCAGCAACCACAAAAGCAACAACUACAAAAGCAGUAACCACAAAGGCAGCAACCACAAAGCCAACAACACCAAAAGCACCAGCCACCACAAGGGCAACCACCAAACCACCAGCGGUGCAAAUGAAAACUACUGCAAAAACCCUCACUACCGUUAAGCCCAAAACUACCGUCAAAGCUACCACAACAAUUAAACCAACCCCAAAGAAAGUGGUAACUACUUCCACGACCACAACUGUCAAACCAACUACACCAAAACCGGCUCCCAAGUUAAGUGUAACAACAGCAAUUCCCGCCAAAAUGGAUAAACCCGACAGCAAGGAAGUCAAAAGUUCAGGCAAAAACGAGUUGAAAAUGUCACCAAAAAUUUCAAAUCCCAAUGCUUUAGAAACACCCAAAAAACCAAGUCAAGCUUUAAUAAAUGAACCACCACCCACGGGCAUGCAAGGAUUCUUAAGCUUUUUAGAUUCUUCCCUAGACAGCAUAUUUAAAGAACAGCCUAUUACUGAGAAUGCUGCUAAAAUGGAAAAGCAAAUGGAGAUUAAAGAUACGACAACCAAACUAAAGCCCAUAACAAUGAAGAUGGACAGCCCGCAACAACAACAAAUAGAGGCCAGAGUCAGCACAAAAUUGGAACCCAUAAAUGCUGAAGAGUAUGAGGACUAUGAAGAUGAUAAUUAUUUUAAAAUUACUACCGAAUACAUACCACGAGAAACGAGACAAGUGUUUGAUUAUGAUCAAUUACCCGAAUCCAGAAUAAAUCUCAAAGACGAUGCCAAUUUCGGAGCUUUCUUAGAACAAAUUGACGACGAAGAUGAUUUGUCAGCCUUUAACAUGGACGAUGAAUAUGAAGAAGACGAAGAGGAAGUUGAGCUUCAAAAGCAAGGGCAAGCAGCAGUGAAUUCGGCCAACAAUCAACACAAUCUUAUUAAACGUAUUGAUUCUUUAGUUAGCAGCAGCGUAGAAGAUGACUUUGAUGAUUUUUCCUCAUUGGUUGAUGAUGAUCUUACCGAUAUUGACGAAGACGAUUUAACAGAUCUGGCUAGAAAUCAGCAACGACAACAACAAGCUAAAAAAGCGUAACACUAAACUUGCAAUACAAUUGGCGUUAAAAAAUUACAUUUAGUUUUAUUUAGAAGAAGAAAAAAAACAAAAUAAUCUAUAGUUUAAAAGUAUUUUUGAUACUGUUCUAUACCAAAUCUUAAAAUAUCUUUGAAAUCUUUUUGCACAAGUUGUAGUAUUUUUUUUAUAUAUAUUAUUUUGUAUUGUUGUAAUUGUAUAUAAAACAGCUUUAUUUAUUUGAAAAGAUGAAGAAAGAAAAUCAAGAAGUAACCGAAGCAGAAAAUCCUCUGAAGAGUCGUUAAAUUUAAGUUGAUACACCACACACCAUCACGUUUAUUUUUGUGAUUGAUUAUUUAUUUUUAGUAUAUAAGUGUAAAUUAUUGAAUAAAAAUUAUUUAUUAAAUACAA